GAUGCCCGUCUCCCCAACCCAGAUCCCGCCUCUGACUCGCCCAGUGCCGCCAUGGUCAAUGAACACGCCCCCUUCAUGGUCGCUACGUACUCACGGCCACCUCCAGUAUUUGUCCAGGGCGAGGGCUCCUACCUAUGGGACAUCGAGAACCGACGCUAUCUCGACUUUACGUCCGGCAUCGCCGUCAAUUCCCUGGGACACUGCGAUCCAGAGCUUUCCAGGAUCAUCGCUGAUCAGGCCAAGACGCUGAUCCACGCCUCAAACCUCUACUUCAACCCGUGGACGGGUGCUCUGUCGAAACUCCUGGUCGAGAAGACUCUCGCGUCCGGUGCCAUGCAGGGAGCCCACUCUGUCUUUAUCUGCAACUCUGGCUCCGAGGCCAAUGAGGCCGCCAUCAAGUUCGCGCGCAAGGCUGGCAAGGUCGUCGACCCUUCUGGCGCAAAGCAUGAGCUCGUCUCUUUCAACGGAGCCUUCCACGGCCGCACCAUGGGCAGCCUGUCCGCCACGCCCAACCCCAAAUACCAGCAGCCCUUCUCGCCCAUGCUGCCAGGCUUCAAGUACGGGAACAUCAAUAAUAUCUCGGCCCUCAACGAACUCGUGACCGACAAGACAUGUGGCGUGAUCAUAGAGCCCAUCCAGGGCGAGGGUGGAGUCCAGGUGGUGAACGACGACUUCCUCAUCGCACUCGCCAGGCGAUGUCGUGAGGUUGGCGCAGUGCUGGUCUACGACGAGAUCCAGUGCGGGCUGUCGCGCACCGGCACUCUCUGGGCCCAUGGCCAGCUGCCCAAGGAGGCUCACCCAGACAUCCUGACCACGGCCAAGGCCCUCGGCAACGGCUUCCCCAUCGGCGCUGUCCUUGUCAGCAAGGAUGUCAGCGAGAAGAUCAAGGUAGGUGACCACGGAACCACCUUUGGCGGCAAUCCUCUUGCGUGUCGCCUGGCCCACAACAUCGUCACGCGCCUGGCCGACCCUGCCCUCCAACAAGACGUCGCAGCCAAGAGCGCCGUGUUUUCCAGCGCGUUCAAACAGCUACAGGCCCGGUUCCCCGACCUGAUCACAGAGAUUCGAGGUCGGGGCCUGAUCCUCGGCCUGCAGUUGACGCAGGACCCCACGCCUAUCGUCAAAGCUGCCCGCGAGAGAGGACUUCUCGUCAUCACAGCAGGGACCAACACACUGCGGUUUGUGCCUCCUCUGACCAUCACCGAGGCCGAAAUCCAAGAGGGCAUGAAGAUUCUCGAGGAGGCUAUUGUUGCCACCCGGUCAUGAGCAAGCUUAUAUGGGCACAUAUAUUGGAGCCUGUCUAUACAUCCAAAGCCAAGUAAUUGUACAUACUUGUGUGUGUAAUGUGGCAUAGAGCCACUGGAGUCUGGUCUUAAUAUAAAAUAGGGAGAGAGAAUACAAAAAUCGGCGACUUAGAUAGGGAGGUUGGAGAGGCAAUUUGUACUCUCACCACCGAAACAAUUUCAGCAAUUUGCUUGUUACU